GAGAGCACGCAUACAAACACGCCUGAAUAUGACGUCUGCCUAAAAGUGUUUUCGAAAUUUUUCGCAAACUCGUUUAUUUGUUGCUGUUGUUGUGUCAUUUAUACCGACAUUGUUGCUGUUAUCAGCAUUGUUGAACACGUGAGUGUAUUUACAUGGAGUUAAUGACAAGGCGGGUGUGUAUGUGUUUGUUAUUAGUGAGUGACGCAAAUAAACAACAACAAAGUGAGCGCAACAUAACACCACUACAAUGGCCAUUUAAGUUUUUUACACUACUACAUAAGCAGUUUACACGCACACAAGUGUAAUGUUACACACAUACAAGCGCAUUUUUACAAACAUACACUCACACAGCUGAAGUCGAUUCACGCACGCAUGCAAAGAGCGCGAGAGAGCGCACUAACUCGUCCGACGUCGACGUCGCCGUCAACCGUAUCGUAAUUGCCUUUUGUUGUGGCGCUGCCAAAGGCAAAAGCAGCGAAAGAAACCGUUUAAAUUGCGACUGUGCCUGCUGUACGCGUAGCAAAACGUUUUUCAAUUUCUGCCGAAAAAGACACACAAUACUCAAGUGGAGGAAGCAACUCAAACAAGGAGCAAUAUACAAAAUAAAAAUAUAUAAAAUAUUAUUAUAAUAAAAAUUAUUAAACAAAGUGAAAUUUAUAAAAAAAUUAACAAACAGUUUUCAAGUGCCAAUGCAGCAGAGACUAAACUAAAAGCGAGUCUGAAACUAAAAGCAAUGUGCGCUUGCAAAUACAAAGUGAAUGCGUAGCAUAAAAAACAUUUUCAAUAAAAAAUAUUUGAAAAUAUAAUAAACCGAAUUUAUUUAAGCAAAACUUAAAGUGAAAGUGCCAAAAAAUCUCUAAAUAAAAAAAAUAUAUUACAAAAAAACAUGUCUAAACAUAAAAUGUGCUAAAAAUAAAAUAAUUCUAUACUAAAUUCGCGUGCAUCAAGGCAACAGUUGCGCAUAUUUCCGCUUCCGCUUUUUACAUUUGGCUGUACUACUUGCUUGUGGAAAACAACAACAACACAGCGCGUAUCCUUAGACAAAAAAGUACAAUUUUUGUCUUUAAAUUAAAUUAUUAUUAAAUUCUAAAGUCGUAAAAAGUGAGAUAAAAAACGCAAAAUGUCUGUGCCAAUGCUAUUGAGACGUACAAACACCAGUGCCUCCUUGGGCAUGGAUCUGGCCGAUGCGCUGCUGCUGGACGAGCACAUAGCAAGCAACUCCAAUACCAGUUAUAAUAAUCCACAAUCAAAUUCCCUUACAACCCUAUCCAACAAAUCAUGUCAACAGUGCGCUUCGUACGUGGACGCCGCUACGAUCGUGAACGAAUUGUUGGUUUUGGAAAACGGCGCGCAAGCAACAGCAUGCACGCCGACGUUGCAGCCAUUUGCUGUGGAACUGUACACGGACUUGGGUCCUAGCGAACGUGUUGGACUCACUGGCGACGUCAAGGCUUUGGGCGAAUGGCGUUUGGAGCGCGCUAUCGCUUUGGAACCGCAACAGGGCGGCCGCAGAUGGCAGGCCAAUGUGCUGUUGCAAACUUGCCGCAACAUAAGCUACCGUUAUUUCGUCUAUGUAGAGGAUAAGCAAGGACGCAAGCAGAUACGUCGCUGGGAGACACGUUUGCAGCCACGUGUGCUCAAGCCUUCGGGCGCUGAGUCGGCUGGCGCAGAGACGCGCGUUGAUCGUUUCGGUGAUGCCGAUGGCAGCGGUGAGACACAAGUGAAUCGUGGCUGGCUGACCAACGAUUGUAUAGUGCAGUUGAAGUUUGAACGCGAACAAAUGUUCCAGGUGCUUGAUAUUGAGAAAUUCGAUCCGGCCGACGAAGUGUUGGUGAAGAUACUGCCAUUGAAUGACGAGGGUGAACCGACUAAGGCGGGCGUGCAUGUCGAGGUGGCGAAGCUGAAAUAUGCACAGAGCCAUUUGCAGCCGCAGCAAGCUUUCGGUAUUGCCUACGAGCCCGGCGAUAUUGUUGUAUUCCAUAUUACGGCGCCAUGCCCUUUGCAGUCCGCGUUCGCAAUCAUUUUCCACACACCCGAUCAGCGUGCCGUCGGCAAGGCUGUCAUAACAGCCGCACAGCUGUCGGGCAGCGAGGGUGUGUUGGAAUUGUCCAUCACCGAGCCGGUGCCUGAGGCCACCACCGUUAUUGCGCGUCUAACACUACCGUACCUGAUUGUGAAGCCGUUCGCCGACAAGACGCUUGACUUUCGCACCACAUACGCGCACUACUGGCCAAAGAGUUGGCCGAAUUUGAAUGUGGGACAUCGUGGCAAUGGACGCAGCUACAUUGCCGAUCCACCAGCCGAACGUGAGAAUACAAUCGCUUCCUUCAUGCGCGCUUAUGAGAAAUUCGCUGACAUGAUUGAGCUGGAUGUGCACCUAACGGCUGACGGUGUGCCAGUCAUCUACCAUGACUUCGGCAUGCGCACUGCGCCGAAAGGUAAAAACAUCACCAAACCCGAGCAGUUGCAGUAUGUGCUCAUCAAAGAUAUCAAUUAUGAGAAAUUGAAGGAGUUGCGCGUAUUCGCCAUCAUCAAUGGCAAGCCAGUCGAAUUUCCAUCGCACAAUGCCGAGACACGUGUGGAGCAUCGCAUCUUCCCUACACUAGUCGAUGUGCUCGAAGGUUUGCCCAAAUCGUUGGGCAUCGAUGUAGAGAUCAAGUGGCCACAGCGCCGCGCUACUGGCGCGCCCGAAGCGCAUCAGACAAUCGAUAAGAAUUUCUUCACAGACCGCGUACUGGCGACAGUCAUCAAUCAUGGCUGCGGCCGUCCGUUGCUCUUCUCCAGCUUCGAUGCGGACAUUUGCACAAUGCUGCGCUUCAAGCAAAAUCUUUUCCCUGUGAUGUUCUUGACCCAAGGUCAAACCAAGAAAUGGUCGCCAUUCAUGGACUUGCGCACACGCACUGUCGAACAGGCGAUCAAUAAUGCGCAAGCUUUCGAGUUGGCUGGCACAGCGCCACAUGCCGAAGAUUUGUUGAGUGAAGAGGGCGCGCAGUUGUUGCAGAAAGCGCGUGAUUUGGGCCAGAUCUCGCUGGUCUGGGGUGAUGAUUGCAACUCCAAGGAACGUGUGCAAUACUUUGUGGAGAUCGGCGCGACUGCCACAUGCUACGAUCGCACAGAUCUGUACAUACCGGAGGGCAAAGAGCGCGCAUUCUUCAAUUCGUCUAGUCUCCUGGCAGAGUUCGAGGAGCAGUGCCUGCGCUAAGCGGGUGCAGUGAUAAAGGGUUCCAUAUGAAACCCGUUUGGGAGGGUAAUUUAUAAGUGUUCGUGAUCGGCCUGUCGAUCGGUGCAAAGGGCGGGAAGUAUAUGCCAAGUUUUAUAAGUGGGCGAAUUGAGUAAAGGCAUUACUAACUUUUAACAAUACUUAGCUAUAUUUUUUUAUAAAAGAUAUUCACAAAACACACACUAUAUUUGAAUAGAAAAAAAUCUAAAAGUAGUCACAAUUAAAUUUUAAUUAGUACACACAUAUAUACGCAAGCAAUUGUAAUUAUAAUAUAACAAGAAAAACAUAAUUUUAUGUUCAAGAAGCAAGAGAGAAAAAAAUGCUUAAAAAAUAUUAAUUGCAAAAAAUAUGAAAAAUAGUUCCGUUAAAGAUAUAAUAAUACAAAAAAAAAACUUGGAACUGUUUUUUAUUUAAGGCGCCGCUUACGACCAUUGUGGUUCGCUGGCGAACACUGAUCGUGAAGUGUGCGCACGAGAAAGUCAAAGCGAAAUUAUAAGGUACAGUAGCGUUGUAUGUGUUGGCAGUGCCUAUAGCUCGAGCGCCAGCAAGGAACUGUGGUGUGGCGGCGGUGACCCUCCCAAGCAGUAAGUAACUCUGCCCCUGAUAAAAAUUUAAAGCAACAGCAACAACUCUCAAAUUACAAAAUAAUAUUAAUAGAGUGAGAGUCUGCUUGCGUGAAGAAAUCCAGGGUGAGCGUCACUCGUACACUUAGCCCGUGUGGGGCUUGAGAGUGUAGCCUGCUAUUUAUGGACCCAUAUACAAAUUACUAUUUUACCUUAUAACUUUGGCAGUCGCACAUUUAGUGCAUUGAAAUAUUGCUAACUGGAAAUUUUUGAGAGUUACAGUAGCGUAAAAAAGUAUUUUCAUAUUUUUUGUUUUUAGUUCUCAAAUACGAAUAUAAGAAUUAUUUUUAGAAUUAUUAUUAUUUUUCUUGCAAACAUGCUCAGGUCAAAUUUUAUUUUUAAGUUCAUACAAUUAAAUAUUUAAUUGUUUUUAUUUUUCUAUAUUGUGCUAUAACUGUGAGUUUUAAAAUAACUCCAAAAAAAGCGAAAUUUUCUAUUGAAAAUUGUGCUAUUAGUUAAUGAUUUGUAUAAUUUUAAACUAAUGUAAAUCUAUUAGACAAUUUUAAUAUAAAAUAUCUUCGCGUAAUUCUUAACUUAAAGACAUAUUACUUAUUACGCUAACAAGAGUCUAGUACUAAAGUAUCAAACUCAUACUCGGAGAGCUAACGAACUAGUUUUAGCCCAAGUUUUAGAAUAGAUUGGCUACAUAGAUACCAUACCCCAGGAGUCUAUCAUUCGACAAGAAUACUUUCUUUCAAAUCUGCGUGUACCUAGGAAUCUGUAUUCGCCUGGGAGAACUUAUUAUGGAUACUCGGGAGAUUUACCACUCAUGGAGGUUAAAUUCGUAUGAUUCAGAAAUUUGAGAUCUUUUGAAAAUUAUAAAUACAAUUUAGGAUCACCAGUGAAGAUAGCAAAAAGGCUGUAAAUUCUUUUAUCUAGAAUUCAAAGGAAUUGGAGAAGAAGUUAUAUGGAUGGAUAUAUGGAUGAUACUCAGAAAACAUCGCUUAAAAGUAUGAAUACGAAAGAUGACCGAUUAAAAAAGUGUAUCGGAAACUAUUCCCGUUGUCGUCAUCGUUUUAAAACGAAAUAUGAACCUUGUUUGAAGGAAUAUUUGAAGUGAAGAUGAAAAAUCCAAAUCGGAAACAGCUUGUAAUUUUAAUUCCUGAAAUGGAAAAAUAUCCUACAUAUGCCAAAGAUUAAAAAAAAAAGAGAUAAAACCUUUAAAUUUAUAUUUUUGGAGGGAUAUUUCAAAUUCAUUCGAACAGUGAACUUACUGGUCUACAAUCUUGAUGAGGCCUAUUAAAGAAAAUAAUCAAGUGGAACUUGAGUUCACAGAGUAAGCUAACCAGAAAUUUGUGUUCCUGGAUUCUUAAAUCGUACUAGUUGGCCAAACAUAUCCAAAGAGAUUUAUAAAUAUACAUAUUCUAUCAACAGUAGCGUCGGACUUGUUUUCGAUUAGAGCGGUCAUUUGUAUAUUGCAAAAAAAACAAAGAAUGACAACAACUGAUUUCGAGAAAGACCUUUGUAAGGUUCAAAAUGAAAUGAAAAGCUUUGAUGCAGGUGUAAACAAAGCUAUUCAGAUAGUUCCGAUGGAAAAAUACCCCAAACAAAUAUAGUUGUAUAUACACGUUUGAGAACCUUAUCGCUUUUGGUCGAGGUAUUAAUCACUUGGGUCAUCAAAGAUCACCGAAGAUCAAAUUUUUGUUGAUAUGAAUAUAAUUACUAAACACUUUGAUAGUUUUUGAUUAGAGGAGGGAUAGAUGAUUAGCCAAAGGAGCUGUCUCAAUAAUGAGAAUGUUGGCAUAUGCCAAAUAUGAGAAAGAGUAUGACAAAAGGUUAAUGCAUUCAAUCAAUGACUCAAGAUAUUUAGUGGAAUACAUA